AUGGCUAGUGAUUACGACUCGUUCGAUGCUUACGACUAUCUCCGAACCCGUUUCGGGGACGAGAGCGUCAAGGACCGCGUUCAGUUUCCGCUGGUCAAGCUGUACGAGCUAUUCCAGUCGUUUCCCCCUCGUUCUGGGACGGUUCUCGAGGUCGGCAGUGGACCAGUAAUACAGCACGGAAUCAGCGUUGCUGCGUUCGCCUCCGAGAUCGUGUUCAGCGACAUUUCCUCCUCCAAUCGCGAGGCCAUUCAGAAAUGGCUAGACGGAGACGCCGACGCCUUCAACUGGUCGCCUCAUUUCGACUACGUUGUCAAGACUCUCGAGGGAAAGGGCGAGAAGGAGGCCAGGGAGAGAGAGCAGCGAAUGAGAAAGAUCUCAAAAGUCGUUUUCUGUGACGCUCUCUCGGAAACACCCAUGGAGAAAGGCUACGAGGGUUCAUACGACGUGGUUCUUGAUAUGCAAUGUCUUGAUGCUGUAUGCGCAGAAAAGAAGGACUUCAUAAAGUGUGUAAGAAAUCUGCACUCCCUUUUGAAACCAGGCGGGAUGUUUGUUCGCGUUGCAACAAACGCUCUCUCUGAAACGAGGAAUCAAGUUUUGUGGAGCGUAGGUGGGAAAGAUUACACAUGUAUUCGAUUUACACACGAGUUUGUGACAUCUGUUUUGAGGGAGAGUGGUUUCCGAGAAGUCAGUGCAUCUUGGGCUCCACUUGAUCCAAAUACUACUGGCCAUUACCACGAGAUGGUGAAGAAGACCUCAGAUGGAUACCACUUCAUCACAGCUGUUAAGGAGUAA